AUGGCAUUAGAUGAGCCAGUCCCAGAUGUAGAUGAACUUAAUGCGAGGACAAUAAGAUUUCAAUACCUUGACACUUCUGUUCGUCUCUAUCAAGCUGCCCUAAAAGGUGAUUGGGAAGAUGCUGAGGCCCUAUUUGAGAAAUAUUCAGAUGUCUUUCGUCGUCCCAUAACAGAAGAGAACCAGACAGUUCUUCACAUAGCAGUUGCAGCAGAACGUCCAGCUUUUGUAAAAGAGUUGGUGAAACGGAUGAGUUCGGAUGAAAUGGCAUUACCAAGCAAAAAUGGAAACACAGCCCUUUGCUUUGCUGCUGUAUCAGGAAUCGUGUUAAUUGCUAAGGAGAUGGUGGAAGUGAACAAGAAACUGCCAUUAAUCCGUGGUAUCGGUCGAAAGACACCACUUUACAUGGCAGCUUUGAACGGACGUAGAGAGAUGGUGUCCUAUCUAUACCCUCUCACUCCUUUUGAAGAUUUGCAACCUAAAGAACGCAUUGAAAUCCUUGUUGCCACUAUUUCUACUGACAUGUAUGGGUUCAAAGGGAUGUCCAACAAAGCUUUGAUGCAGAUGUUAGCUCAUGAAUUGGUUAAACUCCUCUGGAGUGAGGUUCUACUAUUGCCAAAAGACCAGUUCUCAAAUCUAGUUGAAAACCAUUCGACUUUACUUUUUGAAGCUGCAGAAUUAGGGAAUGUUGAUUAUCUAAUUAUACUUAUACGCACUUAUCCUGAUCUCAUAUGGAGAGUAGACAAGAAAAAACGAAGUAUAUUUCACAUUGCUGUUAAAUUUCGGCAAGAAAAUGUGUUCAAUCUAAUAUAUGAGAUAGGUUCUAUCAAGGGUAUGAUUGCACAAGAAAUUGACACAGACGAUAACACCAUGCUUCACUUAGCUGGACGAUUGGCUCCUUUAGAGAGACUAAAUAUCAUAUCAGGAGCAGCCCUUCAAAUGCAACGAGAGUUAUUGUGGUUUAAGGAGAUAGAAAAGAUUGUGCCGCCUUCAUACAAGAAGUUGAUCAAUAAAGAGAUAGAAGAUGAACCUGCGGAAACACCAUGGGAAUCAUUCACAAAGAAUCAUGAAAAGUUAAAAGAACAAGGUGAAAAGUGGAUGAAAGACACUGCAAACUAUUGCAUGCUUGUGGCGGCACUGAUUGCCACAGUAGUAUUUGCUGCAGCUUUUACUGUACCAGGUGGCAACAACCAAGAAAUAGGAAUACCUAUUUUUUUGAAACGUAAGUGGUUUUUGGUGUUCUUCAUAUCAGAUGCAAUCGCUCUAGUCUCCUCUGCGACUUCGAUACUAAUAUUUUUGUCAAUUCUCACUUCACGUUAUGCGGAAGAGGAUUUCCUCGAGUCAUUACCUGCAAGUGAAAUGGCCUGGCUUCCAAUUGUUAUAAUUGUUUCAGCUGGUGUCCCAGUUACUUUAUUUGUCAUGGAAGAAAAGGGAACCUUCCUGGAGAGUUCAUGCAUUAAAGGACAAAAUUGGGAAAAGCCAGAGGGCCACGUGGAAUGCCUCCUGAAGAAAGCCAUUGCUUAUAUUCCUCGACGCUCGAAAUUCUUGGUGGAGGAGCCUGCCGUUAUAGAGAUUGUCGAGGAUGAUGGCAAGGCCAUGCUGAUUCCAGAAGAGGCUAAGUCUGAGAGUCCAGAGGCUUGUAGAGCCGAGCCCAAUCCUUCUCAACUUCAACCCAAGGAUACGGAAACUGCCAGAGAACCCGAAGGGAUUCCUCAUCAAUGCGAGGUUGGAUCCCACUCCCAAGAAUUGCCUUGUGAAAAUGAGGUUAAUCCUUAG